AUGGCAAUUUUACAUAGGGCCCUGUUUACUUGGUUUAUUUUCCUAGUCUUUUUAAUACUACUAUGCCUACGUUUAGAAUCUCGGACUCACUGGAAUUGGUUUAUUGUUUUCAUACCUAUGUGGGUUUACGAUAGUAUUUUACUGAUUUACGUAUUAUUUCAUAUGAUCUCACACUGUAGGAAUGGUAUAGAACGAUUCAGAGGAACUAUUAAUAAAAACGUAUGGUAUAUAGCUGCAAUAGGCUUGAAAAUGGCAGCACAAAUAAUAAUAUGCAUCAAAUUGGAGUACACCAGAGUGAAUUUACCAAUAUACGUCGUCAUGACUCCUAUAUGGAUGUUACUGCCUGUUCUCUGUGUAGAAGUAUUUAUGCAUUUAAUAAAGCAUUCAAGUGGUAGUAGUAGAUACUAA